AUGUUUUGCUGUGUCCGGCGCAAUAGGGGCCGCAAAGAAGGGAAUAUCGACGAGCGGCCGGUGGCCGCAGAUGCCAAAUCGCGUGGUGCUUGGCCGCUGCCUGGUAACUAUGCGCACGACGUCAAUGGUGGGAAGUCAAAGGGUACCGCCGAUCGCAGUUUGAAGGAUGGGAAUAUAGUGGUUCUGGCCGGAGCGGGUGCCGCCGUGGGUGCAGCGACUGUGGCGGUGGCCGCCGCCAGCAACGACCAAACGACUGACCGGAAUAGUGACGGCAGCUCCUCCCAAGGGUGCUGCUGCAGCGGCGGAGGAGGCGGCGGGGGAUGCGGUGGCGGCGGUUGUGGAGGCUGCGGUGGCUGUGGAGGUUAA